AUGAGAUUAAAAUCAACUGCUCGAAGGCUCUUAACAAGUUUUUGUAUGCCAGUAUUGGUUGCUCUGAUUUAUUGGUUGUCCGAGACUGAAUGGAUUGAGAAAGAUUUGAAUAGCCACACUGAACUUUUAAUCUAG